AUGCCGAAACGGAACCGCGACGGCGUGAUAAUAAAGCCGAUCUGUCCGCGAGACAUUGCAGAAUCUCCCUGUGUUCGGAACGAAACUAUGGAAAUGGAUCAGUUUGUUCCUGGCAGUAGAUGUCCUUCUUUGGAUUCAAUGGACUCUUCCGAUGCUGAAAAGUUUUGGUCUUCCUUCGGCGCUACCGGAAGUUCGGGAACCAAGUGGAAACAGCUUUUGCACGGGAACCCGUCGCCAAACGUCAUUAACCCUAUUCCGGAAUCUGCUCCGCCGUCUUGCUUCUUUUGCGAAAACGUGAUCCCCAUUGGUGCCGCUCUGUCAAAGUGCCCGGAAUGUGGGCACGAGUUCUGCAACGACUGUGUUAUAAUGGACUUUACUCAAGACGCUUCAGUCCCGCUGUGCCACUCGUGCUACUCCGAAAGACGACGCAGCAUGAUUCGUAAAGAGUGAUUUUCCCCCUUUUUUCGCCUCUUUGUCCGGUGUUUUUUCUCCUCCCCAGCUUCCGAUGCUUGCUGGUAUUUUAAUCUCGCAUUGCUGUUUUUUUUUACGUAAGAUUUUUUUUGCUGAUAUGAGUGGAAUAAACAACUCAAAUAUAAAUUAA